GUUCGAUGAUUACAAUAAACUAGACCCGUAUCCAUUCGCCCCUCUUUUCAUCGUACUCUUCGAAUUCUAUAUGAUCGACCUUCGAUUUCUCUUUAUUUCUCAAAUCAACAAUCAAAUCGAGUUUCUUAUCCGUUAUCCUCUCAUCUUCCUCUAUCUAUCGAUUUAAAUUAUGUCUAAUUUAUUUUCUCCUAACUAAUUUUAGGGUUAGGGUUUCGUCGUUUGAAUCUUCGGAUUUACGCCCUUUUUUCUUCGAUCCGUUGUAUAAUCGUCGUUGAUUUAUGAUCCUUUUUGAUAACCCUAUGUUUAUUCAUUGAAAAAUUAUACAUUUUUUUGGCGUAAUUUGUUUCUAGGGUUUUGAAGAGCGCGUGUUUGUGAAAAUUCGUGUCAUUUGUAUAUUGGUUGAGGGAUUUGAUAUCGUUGCAGGUCGUGAUGGGAACCAAACGGGCCUUUGAAGAAGAUCUACAGGAGUUUAUUAAGCACCCAAAACAUUUUGAUUUUGGCAAUAAACCGGCCUCGUUUACUGAAACUAAACUUCCUAUUGAGACCGUUCAAGUUGUUGGUAUUCCAGGUGAAAACGGCGUACACGUCCCUGAUAUGGUUGUCAAGGGGUUUGAAUUUAACGAACCAUUACCGCUGGUGACCGGAAUUGAAACCAGUGAAGAUGAUUCCGGAUCUGGGCCGAUGUUUCCCCCUAAUCUUUUCUCCGAACUUUUCGAAUAUAAUCUCCCACGGAGACCGCUGUUUCAUUAUGAAGAUAUAUACACAUCACUACUGAACAGAUCUCCCAGAAAAGAGAUUCCCAUCGGACCAAAUCAUCAAGCCGAUGUUCCCAAAUUCGACCCAGAGAUGGCUAAAAAAUAUCGCGAGGAUGGUGAAAUGGAGCGUUUCUUAGGAGUUUGUGUCAUUCCAUUUCAUCAUUCCUUUGUUUCUUCAAGUGGUAUCCAAAUAGAUUGCAAGUGUUUUGACCGUGGUUCAAUAAGAUGCGUGCAGCAACACGUGAAAGAAGCGCGUUUGAAUUUAAAAGAACGCUAUGGGGAUGAAAAGUUCGUUGAGUUGGGAAUGCUCGAUAUGGGAGAAGACGUUGCAAGUAGGUGGAGUGAAGAAGAAGAAAGACUUUUUCACGCAGUUGUUUACUCGAACCCUGUAUCUGUCGGCAGAAUGUUCUGGGAACAACUAGCUAUAGCAUUUCCUUCUAGAACAAAGAAGGAACUCGUGAGCUAUUACUUUAACGUGUUCAUUCUUCGUAGACGGGCUAUUCAAAACCGCGCACACUAUUUGGAUAUCGACAGUGAUGACGAUGAGUGGCGUGGAACCUAUGGAGCGAGUUUCGGAUAUGAAGUAGAAGAUAACGACUUUGUUGUUGGUGAUCAUGACUCCUUUUUUGAAGAUGGCGGCGUUGAUGGCAAGUAUGACGGUGAUGGUGAUGAUAUUGGUAUGGAUGAUCGGAAAGUUGAUGUGGAAUCAUGUGUAAAUAAGAAUGAAAACACAACUACGAUCGAAGGUGAGCAAGAUGGCAUCGUUGAAGAAAUCUCGGGGUGUUCUAAAAAUGACGAGAACGUUAUCUAGUCAAUGAAAAAUCUUCUUGGCGAUAUGUGUUUUUUCGUUUAUGUUAGGUCUUGUUUGGUUUUGGUUUUGGACAUCAUUGAUGAGUUGCACAUACGAAAUGGAAUUUGAGGUUUCUUUUGCU